AACUCCUACCUCACACCGCUUCAUCUGAUAUAAGCUGGAGGGAACGAUCAGAUAAGGUCUUUUUUUCACCAAAGGUGACAGAGCCUCUACGUGGUGCUCCGCUUUGGGAUCCGGGCCCUCGGCGGGAUCCUGAGUAGGAAGCAACCGUUGUUUGCUCUUCUCCCCUCCCCCAUCAACACUGUGCGACCGGCGAGGCAGUUGGCGAGGCCAUCCCGUUGCGUGCCUUGCUGCCCAGGAUGCUCCGGUGUGAGGUACAGAAGAGAGAAGACUGAGGCUUCAAGGAGACAAUAAGAUCAAGAGAAGAAUUUUUAAGGAGACUUAAAGUGUACAUGGAGGGACGUGUAAGGACGUGUACCUGUAGGCAACAUUGUAAUAUCAGUGUUUGACGCAGUUAAGAAUGUCUCUGUCAAGUCGACAAACAGCAGUUGUUAACCCUCCACCACCAGAAUAUAUAAAUACUAAGAAAAAUGGGCGAUUGACAAAUCAACUGCAAUAUCUACAAAGAGUUGUCCUGAAGGCUUUAUGGAAGCAUAGUUUUUCGUGGCCAUUUCAGCAACCUGUGGAUGCUGUGAAGCUAAAGCUGCCUGAUUAUUACACCAUUAUCAAAACCCCAAUGGAUUUAAAUACAAUUAAGAAGCGCUUAGAACAUAAAUAUUAUGUGAAGGCUUCAGAGUGUAUAGAAGACUUCAACACAAUGUUCUCAAAUUGUUAUUUAUACAACAAGCCUGGAGAUGACAUUGUUCUUAUGGCACAAGCUCUAGAGAAGUUGUUUAGGCAGAAAUUAUCUCAGAUGCCACAAGAAGAACAAAUUGUAGGUGGUAAGGAAAGAAUAAAGAAAGGCAUUCAUCAUAAUGUAGCAGUUCUUUCUGGUAAAGAAAAACAAUCCUCCAAAGCCCCUGAAAAGGUAUUUAAACAGCAAGUGAUUCCCUCUGUAUUUCCUGAGACAUCUAUUUCUCCUUCAGAGAUGGCACAAGGUAUUCCACUCAACUCUACCUCACAGACAGUGGCCCAAGUUACAAGGGGUGUGAAGAGGAAAGCAGAUACCACAACUCCUACAACUUCAGUAGUUAAAGCAAGUGGUGCAACUUCCCCAACGCUUGCAGAAAAAACAUCAGUGAAAAUGCCACCUAUAAAAGAAAAUGUGCCGAAUACUGUUUUGCCAGAUUCUCAGCAACUAUGUAAAGUUGUAAAGAGUGUUAAAGUGACCAAACAAUUAAGGCACUGUAGUGAGAUUCUUAAAGAAAUGCUUGCGAAGAAACACUUACCCUAUGCAUGGCCCUUUUAUAAUCCUGUUGAUGUUAAUGCUUUGGGGCUCCAUAACUACUAUGAUAUUGUGAAGAAUCCAAUGGAUCUUGGAACUAUUAAGGGAAAAAUGGACAACCAAGAAUAUAAAGACGCCUAUGAAUUUGCGGCAGAUGUUAGAUUAAUGUUCAUGAAUUGCUACAGGUAUAAUCCUCCAGACCAUGAAGUAGUGACAAUGGCGAAAGCAUUCCAGGAUAUCUUUGAAAUGCAUUUUGCAAAGAUCCCAGAUGAACCUGCUGAGAGUUCAUGCUACAUCAAAACAAAUACCACAGAAGUCCAUGGGAAAGAAAGCAGAAGUGAAGCUUCCUCUGAAAAUAACUCAUCUGGUGAUUCUGAAGAUGAACGAGUUCAACGUCUUGCAAAACUUCAGGAGCAGCUGAAAGCUGUUCAUCAACAGCUACAAGUUCUGUCCCAAGGAUCUUUCCGUAAGCUAAAGAAAAAGAAAUCUAAAAGGGAAAAGAAGAAAGAAAAGGUUAAUAACAGGGAUGAAAAUCCAAGGAAAAAGUUUAAGCAAAUGAAAUUAAAGGAAAAAUCUAAAAGCAAUCAGCGAAAGAAGAGGAAACAGCAGGUGUUUGCUCUGAAAUCUGAAGAUGAUGCUAAUGCUAAACCUAUGAACUAUGAUGAGAAAAGGCAGUUAAGCUUGGAUAUAAACAAACUCCCUGGAGAUAAACUUGGGCGAGUCGUUCAUAUAAUACAGUCAAGAGAGCCUUCACUGAGAAAUUCCAACCCUGAUGAGAUAGAGAUAGACUUUGAAACACUGAAAGCAUCAACACUGCGAGAACUAGAAAAGUAUGUUGCUGCAUGUCUAAGAAAAAGAGCACUAAAGCCUCACGGUAAGAAGAUAAUAAAGUCCAAAGAAGAACUUCAUUUACAGAAAAAACGGGAGUUGGAGAAGCGGUUACUAGAUGUCAAUAAUCAGUUAAACUCUAGAAAAUGUCAACCUAAAUCUGGAAAGAUGCAGUCGGCCAAGGCUGUCGGAAGUGGUUCCAGAUUGAGCGAAAGCAGCAGCAGUAGCAGCAACAGCAGCAGCAGCAGCAGCAGCAGCAGCAGCUCAUCAGAGACUGAAAGCAGUAGCAGUGAUUCCAGCUCCUCAGACAGCAGUGAUUCCGAAUCAGAAACGUUUCCUAAAUUUACUGAAGUAAAACAGAAUGAUUCUCCUAAGGAACAAGUAAAGAUACAGUCUUCUGUACAAGAUAAAGCCUCUGCAAAAACCACUUUUGUUAGUCAGACUUCAUGUGAAACACCACCAGAUCACCAUCAGCUAGCAUUUAAUCAUCAAGAAUUAGAACAUUUACAGAGUGUGAAAAACAUUUCAUCUUUGCAAAUUCUGCCUCCCUCAGGACUGAAAGGCAUUUUGGAUGGAGGAAACAACAUGCAUGAAGGUGAUUGUGAACAACAUUUGAAUGGCCUAACUAUGAUGCAUCCCUCUGAUGGUAAUGACACAACGGUGUUAGAAUCCAAAUGUCCAGUACCUGUGCACAAGGAUAUAAAGAUCAAGAAUGCAGACUCUUGGAAAAGUUUAGGCAAACCAGUCAAAACAUCAGGUGUACUAAAAUCCUCAGAUGAGCUCUUCAACCAAUUUAGAAAAGCAGCAAUAGAAAAAGAAGUAAAAGCUCGAACACAGGAACUAAUUCGGAAACAUCUAGAACAGAAUACAAAGGAACCAAAAGUGUUUCAAGAAUAUCAGAGGGACCUUGGCUUUACUCAAGAAUCUUUUUCAAACAAAAUGCAAAACCAGUGCCUUGGAAAAGAGCAGAAAGAACAUCAGAAGUCCUCGGAAACUCAAGAUAAAUACAAAGUCUUGCUUCCCAAAGACCGUAAUUUAGCAAGGGAGAAAGAGCAAGAGCGGAGGAGGAGAGAAGCAAUGGCUGGUACCAUUGAUAUGACUCUUCAAAGCGACAUUAUGACAAUGUUUGAAAACAACUUUGAUUAAAACUUUUUAAAAUUAACCAUCAACUUAAAAUGAAUGAUAUAAAAGAUUAAGAUGCAUAUGGUAAAAUGAUUGCUUUCAAACACCAGGAUACCAAUCUCAUAUUGUACUUUUGAUGGCUCAAAAAUGAUUAAAA